AUGGAGCGCCGGGUCCCAGUGCAGCACUUCUUCGAUGGAUUCCGCACCAGCCACGAAGUGAACAAGAUCAAGCUCAUCGACUACAACACCAUGAAGUCCUUCAUCAACUGGGAUGCUGUUAAGGAACAUCAUGACCUAGCAAUGAACCCUCGCCACCCGCAUGUUCAGGGCACGUCGCAGGGUCCCGACAUCUUCUUCCAGUGUGUCGAGGCGGGCAACAGCUUCUAUGAUGGGCUAGCAGAUCUCUUCGAGGAGAAGGGCAAGCUGGUGCAAGAGCAGACCGGCUUGCACUUCGCCCUCUAUGGCUAUGAAGGGCAUCCGGAGGCCAAGCACGUGAUAGUCGUGAUGGGCAGCGCCGCCGUGACUUGUGGAGAGACGGCCAUGUUUUUGUCGAAGCACAAGGGGCAACGCGUCGGCGUCCUUAAGGUGCGCCUCUUCCGGCCCUGGGACUGCUCGCGGUUUUUGGCAGCCUUGCCAAAAACGACGGAGCGUAUCUGCGUGCUGGAUCGCACCAAGGAGCAGGGGUCCCAGGGAGAGCCGCUCUUGCUGGAGGUUGCCUCGAUGCUGCACGCCAGUGCUCACUCCGAGAUCGUCGUCGUCGGAGGCCGCUAUGGACUGGGCUCAAAAGAGUUCACGCCCAACAUGGUGCUGUCCGUCUUCGAGAAUCUCGCCAAGGCAUACUUCGAGUAUGAUGCCAAGAAGAGCGGCGGCGUGACCAUCAGCCACUUGAGGUUCGGACCCAAGCCAAUUCACGCUCCUUACAACGUCCGCGCCGCCGACUACAUGGCCAUCCACAAAUCAAGCUACGUGCACAACUAUGACAUGACGCGUUACCUGAAGCAGAACGCCGUCUGUGUGAUCAACUGCUCCUGGGACGUAAAGGACUUGGAGCAGCAGCUGCCUGCCAAGAUGCGGCGGGAUCUGGCAGAGAAGAAGGCAAAGCUGUUCAUCAUCGAUGCUACCAAGAUUGCAGUGAAGGCCGGCCUGGGCAAGCGCAUCAACAUGAUCAUGCAAACCGUCUUCUUCAAGCUGAGUGCCGUCAUGCCCUACGAAGAGGCCGUGGAGAUGCUGAAGAAGAGCAUCAAGAAGAUGUAUGGCAAGAAGGGCGACAAAGUGGUGAAGAUGAACAUCGACGGGGUCGAUGCUUCAAUCGCGGGCAUCGUGGAAUGCGAAGUUCCAGCUGCUUGGGCAUCCCUGGCAGUCGACACGGAGGCUUCCGACGCCAAGACCAGCACGGUCGCUUAUGCCAAGGGGCCCCGCAUGUUCCCCGAAGUGCAGAAUGCUUCGCAGUUUGCCGCGCAAGUGCAGAAACCUUGCAACAAUCUGGAUGGCAACUCUCUGCCGGUGAGUGCCUUCGUGCCUGGUGGCCGUGUGCCAUGUGGUACCAGUCAGUACGAGAAGCGUGGCAUUGCAAUCCAGGUGCCUAAGGUAGACAUGGACAAGUGCACGCAGUGCAACAAGUGCAGUCUGAUCUGCCCCCAUGCAGCCGUGAGACCAUUCCUGAUGACCUCUCAAGAGCUGGGGAAA